AUGUUCCCCCUCUCUCGUCACCAACCUGCCCGGAUUGUUCGGGCUUACACUCAUGCCUUCAACAAACCCGUUGUACCCACCUCUCGUGGAGUAUCUAAGUUUGCCAAGUACCAUUGGGAGGAUCCUCUAAACCUUGAGUCUCAACUCACAGACGAGGAGAUCGCGAUCAGAGAUACCGCACGACAGUAUUGUCAGGAAAAUCUCAUGCCUCGUGUGCUCAAAGGAUGGCGAACGGAAGAGUUCGAUCACGAUAUCCUCCCAGAGAUGGGGAAGCUAGGCCUCCUAGGACCUACAAUUACAGGAUUUGGCUGCGCUGGCGUCAGCAAUGUUGCUUACGGCCUGAUUGCCCGGGAGAUAGAACGGGUCGAUUCCGGGUACCGUUCGACAGCCUCCGUCCAGUCUUCCUUGGUCAUGCACCCAAUCAAUGAGUUUGGCACUGAAGCACAAAAGGAAAAAUACCUGCCAUUACUAGCUAAGGGAGAGCUUAUUGGCGCAUUUGGUCUUACAGAACCCAAUCACGGUUCCGACCCGGCUGGAAUGGAAACCACGGCCGAAGAAGUCGAUGGUGGAUUCAUCCUCAAUGGAAGCAAGACUUGGAUUACGAAUGCACCUGUCGCUGACGUCUUCAUCGUCUGGGCAAAUUGCAAGUGGGACAACCGAAUUCGUGGUUUCAUUCUUGAUAAAGGACUCAAAGGCCUCACUGCGCCAGCCAUUAAAAACAAAGUAGCGCUCCGUGCCUCUUUAACUGGAUCAAUCUUUAUGGAUUCCGUACGCGUCUCUGGCGAUGCUCUCCUGCCAAAAUCGAAAGGUCUCGGCUCUGCUUUUUCUUGUUUGAACUCUGCAAGAUAUGGCAUUUCGUGGGGAGUGAUGGGUGCUUUAGAGGAUUGCAUAGAACGGACCCGCGCUUAUGCGCUUGAACGACACCAGUUCAACCGGCCUCUAGCAUCCUUCCAACUUGUGCAGAAGAAGCUCGUUGACGCACAGAUCGAAGUCGCGCUUGGUCUCUUGGCCAGUUUGCAAGUCGGUAGGCUCAAAGAUGAGGGGAAAUUGGCCCCAGAGAUGGUGAGUAUGAUCAAGAAGAACAACUGCGGUAAAGCCUUGCAGCACUCACGGGUGGUUCUGGAUAUCCUCGGAGGAAACGCUGCUGCUGAUGAGUACCACGUUGGACGUCAUGUUGCGAACCUCCAAGUCACGAAUACAUAUGAAGGGACAAACGAUAUCCAUACUCUCAUUCUGGGCAAAGCAAUGACAGAUAUACCAGCGUUCGCCAAUUAA